UUCUGCUUGAUAAGGUCUUCGAGAAUAUGGCCUAGGAUUUAUUCAUCUUUGCCUCCUUAUUAUUUAGAAGGUGCUCAAUGAAUUUUUGUUGCAUGAACUGUGAGGGAGAUAGAUAAUGAAGAGGGCAAGCAUGAUUUAUUUGUCCUUAUUUCUCUUGCAGGAGUCCCUAGGUGGUGCAAAUGGUUGAGCCCUCGACUUAUGGGAAGGUUGGCAGUUCUAACACACCCAGAGGCUGUGCCUCAAAGGGGCUGCUUCUGGAAGGUCACAGCCUUGAAAACCUUACGGAGUGCGGUUCUAUUCUGCAACACAUGAAUCAGAAUCAACUCAAUGGCAAUUGCUCAGAAGAUAAAGUAACAGUCCACUUCAUAAACCGUGACGGUGAAACAUUAACAGCCAAAGGAGAAGUUGGUGACUCUCUGCUGGAUGUUGUGGUUGAAAAUAAUCUAGAUAUUGAUGGAUUUGGUGCGUGUGAAGGAACCUUGGCUUGCUCUACCUGUCACCUCAUCUUUGAAGAUCAUGUAUAUGAGAAGUUAGAUGCAAUCACUGAUGAAGAGAAUGACAUGCUUGAUCUGGCGUUUGGACUAACAGACAGAUCACGGUUGGGCUGCCAAAUCUGUUUGACAAAGGCUAUGGACAAUAUGACCGUUCGAGUACCCGAUGCAGUGGCCGAUGCCAGACAGUCCAUUGAUAUAAGCAAGAAAUCCUAAGAUAGAAUAAAUAGGAAUAUUUUCAUGAAACAUUACCUAUUUUUAUAAUUAUUAUUUCUUAAUGUAAUUAAAUGAGAACACGAAUGAAUGGGUUUUCAUUAUAACCAGCUUUACUAUUUUAAUUCACCUUGUAUAACUACUAGAUUUUGUAGUUCUGAAAGUAUGCAAUCUUUACUUUGGUUCAAUUAUAAAAUGUCAACCAAAUAUUAGAAAACCAUCUAUGACUGUUUAGCAACUUUAGCAAAAUGUUUUCUUGUAAAUCUUAUGCCUACUUACCAAUAACGUAGGUUUUAAAAAGGUAUGAUUGUUCCCUAUUUGGUCUGGAUGAAGGCAGGGAUCUAAAAUGGCUUGUCUGGGUCCAUACAGCUAAUUAGAAGAUCUGGUACUAGAGCCCACUUGUUACUACAAGUUACAUGGUCAGGCAGACUGGAGGAAGUAUGGCUUAUAUGUAAAAGCAAUGGAACAUGAAUAGGUACGGACCAAAAAAAAUAAAUAAAAAGGACUUAAUUGCUCGAUGAACUGCUUAAUUUCAGAGACAGUUAUUAUUCUCAUAUAGAAAUAUUUUAAAAUUUUAGUUCAUUGAAAAGUAUAGGGAUUAUAUACUGUAAAUGAAAUUUGAUCUCUGUUCUAACUGGAGGAAUAAACUAAAAGCCCUACGUCUUCAUUCCUUUCUCUUCUAAGCAGUAUGGUCUUUUUAAUCCUUCAAAAAUAAUGCUGAUUUAUAAUGUCCACCUGAAGCAGAAUGGAAAUGUUCUGAUGAGUUGGGUUUUCUCUAUUCUGAGCCAGAAGAAAUGAGCUGGCCACCACAUUUCAUAGCCCCAGGGGGCGCCAUUCUCUUAAAUAAGGUGGAAUUGUAGCACGGUUUGCUUUAGUCCCAGAAAUUUGGGAAUGAUUUUGAGUGCCACAGAUUAUCAUUUACUUUGGUGGUGGGUUAUAGAAAAUAUUUGUAUUCUUAUCUUUAGUAUAAUUCAUAAAAGAUAGGAAAGGUGUACACAGUAUGCUCUUUGAAAUAUAGUAAAAUAUGAACUUAGAUUAAUUGUGAGGAAGAUCAGGAUAAAUUAGUAAAAACCAGGUUAAUUUAAGACCCUUGAGUUAGCUUCAAGUACAUAAUAGUUUGAUCAUUUUUGCAAAUAUUUGUCAAGUACUGUACCUAAUAUAAGACAUUGUGUUAAGCCUAUUGGGGAAUAGAGACAUGAACAAGACCAAGGAAUGCCCUCAGGGAAAAGAUAUUAGGAAAUAUCACCUUUUAUUAAUAAAAGAUAAAGCAUGUACACAAAUAAUUUGCUUGAGCUAAACUGACCAAUUUGCCAAAUAAAGAUACCUUUAAAAGUU